AUGAUUCGACUGCUCGGCCAACAUCGUCGAUUUGAGGUGCUCGACUUUGCGUAUCAUCUUCAACGCAUCAAUAAGGUCGAUGGCGAAAAGAUUACGAUUGAACACUAUGACCUGAGCCAAUCGGCUGAACGUAUGCGCCGGAUUCAGAUGCUGAAUAACCAAAUUUUCGCGACGAUUGGCGUUUAUGCGUCAGAUUGGGACGAGCAAAAGAUUGAGUCUGUCCGAGAAUUUGUCCCGCCAAUGCACCCAUCCAUGACCGAGCACUAUGACGAU